AUGACACGAGACGAAAGCGCACUUAACAUGACGACCGACUAUCGAGUUUUGAAACGAAUCCAGACCAUCACAAGAUACAAUGUUGACACCCAUAUAUCUGAGGUUCGUAAGCUUGCAAAACAGGCAUUGUGGUUCCCUUCGGGCGUCUGGGUCCAUGUGCAGGGCACACUACUCUCACAUGAUCUCAAUGGGCACGGUUGA